AUGAGGGCCAACAGCGGGGAAGAUGGGAUGCAAGGAUUUGGCUACACGCCGAUAGCCUGGAGUCCAUAUAGCGAGCCGGUACUGUCGAAAAGAGUCAAGGCCGUGUCCGACGCCCUCAACAUCGGAACCUAUUUCGAGGUCAAGCCAGUCAGAGGACAGGAUAUUGCCAAUGCUCCGUUCAUGGUCACGACGAGCCCGAGACAUUGCUAUACAAGAACGGCAGUCACCAAGUAUUUCGGUGUACAAGAGCAUCCCUUGACGGACAAGUUCCUCCACCAUUUCACCUCCAAGAAGCACCGGCCAUUAUGGAUAUUCGUCUACAACUCUGACGCCGACCUUCGUCCCGUAGUGAAGACUGUGUGCGUGAAACGGUUGAGGACGGCCCUCGUCAAGGUUCUCAACGCCAAUGGAUAUGGCCAUUGGGGGGAUCGAUUACCGGGAUUCGACGACAUAUCGGUCCUCCACGGCACCAUCCACCUUCGCAUCUCACACGGCAAGGAGUUCAUCAGGAUGAGCGACCAGGAGGUCCAUGACGAGCUUGACAGACUGAUGAAGAAGUCUGUCAUCCAACAGCUCCGAGUACCACAAUGGCCGAUACAGGCUCAGUCUAGGCGGGUUCAGGUUGGCGAACAGUCACCUCAACACAGAGGACACAGCAAUCAGCCACAACAGCGUGGAUCAGGACAGUCAAGUGCCGGAGGUUAUAGAGACACCAGAGGGACACCAACCGACACUCGUGCUGGCAACCGGGUUCGGAAGCCAAGAAUAGAGGAUGGAAAUUAA